UCCAACUCAUUGUGUAAAACUCCAUGUCGCUGCCGUGAAUCUGCUUGGAAAAUGACGAAGCUAUUCGCAACAAACCGCUUCAUCUGUGGCGGAGACCCACUUUUAACAGCGCUUCUCGCGAGCUGAUUGGUCGCCUUGUGAGCUUUGCUUGCAUGGGUAGCUCCUUAGCGGCUACCCCACCAACGCGUCUCCCCAUCCCUCCUCGAGCAUAAAAAGGCCUCUCCUCUCCAACCUUCCUCCAUCUCACAACAACUCCAUCCAUCUUCUUCUUGCUGUCCCAUACUGCGCACUCUCACACAAUCAUCAGAACAACCCACACACACCCUCAAUCAAUCGGACAGCUUAAGCAACCACGCUAUGGCUUCCACCACCAUCCACUCCGAGCCUGAUCGUGCUUGGAUCCCCACCCAUUCCCAUGACACUGUCUACUCCCCCAAGGGCCCGGCCACUGCCACCACCUUGCCUGCUGGCUUCCCCAAGUCCAUUGUCUCUCCAACCGCUUGGACUGGCACUGACUUCGACAACGACCAAAACCAAGAGCGCUACAUCUUGGUCCUCAAUGAAGGUGAUGUCAAGGAGCUCGAGCAAGCCUGCCGCAACUUUGAAGGCCUCAACCUCCCCUUUGAGCGUGUUUCUCAAGAGUCGUUCCCUCUCCCGACCUUGGGCAGCAAGUUGAAGGCUUUGGCCAAAGGCCUCGUCAAUGGCGUCGGCUUCUUGCUCAUUCGCGGCUUGGAUCCGAAGCAAUUCUCGAAUGAGGCAAACCUCGUCAUGUAUCUCGGUGUCUCGGCAUACAUUGGUGAGAAGCGCGGUUGUCAAGAUGAACUUGGAAACAUGCUCCUUCACUUGACGGAUUUAAGCGCUGAGGCUGGUCCUGACAAUGAGCGUCAAGCCCCGUACUCCAAUGUCGCACAGCCAUUCCAUACCGACGCGGCUGACAUCCUCGGCUUGCAAUGUUUGGGUGAGGCUGAGAUUGGCGGAGAGUGCCAGCUUGCAUCGACCGCAACCAUCUACAACGAGAUCGUCAAGACCCGACCCGAUAUCAUCCACCUCUUGUCGGCUUCUUCUUGGGUCUUCGACCGUUUUGGCCAAUCGCCCCCGUACAUGGUUCGCCCGAUUCUCUACCCCACGGGUGAGGAUAGGGUCAUUCUCUCUUUUUCCCGUCGACCCCUCGUUGGCAACGCCACCUCCCCGCGCACUCCCGGUAUUCCAGACUUGAGCGCUGCUCAAGUGGAGGCUCUGAACGCAGUUCAAUUUGCUGCUGAGGAGCACGCUUUGGCAAAGAAGUUGAAGACUGGCGACAUGUUGUUCUGGAACAACAUGGCCAUGUUGCAUGCUAGGAAGGGUUGGACCGACUCUCCCAACAGUCGUCGCCAUUUGGUUCGCUUGUGGCUGCGCAAUGACGACACCGAGAAGCGCUGGCCCAUCCCGGAGGAGCUUCAGGCUGGCACUGCGUGGAAUGAAGCCUUCGACCAUGCCGGUAGGUCUCAGCUCUGGCCCGUUGCGCCCAUCCGAGAGCGCGCAUACAUUGCCAACCAACAACGCUCUUCUGGCCACGCUUGAGCUUUCACACACACACACAGGUAGGCCUGGUUGAAGGACCAUCUAUUCGGUGAGGAGUCGACCGUCCGGUCCUGGGUUUACGAUCGGCGUCUGGCGCACAUGGGGGUUUGCAUGGGCAUCUGGCGCAUCUGGGUUUGCAUGGAUUUCUUUGACCACCACCGUCACUAUCAUUCGAUAGGGAUGUCGGUGAAGCGUUGUCUUCCCGCUUGCAUGGCUUUUCCAUUCAAGCUCGUUUCUUGCUAGCCAAAUUGAGGUUUAGCC